CGUGUUGGUUGCUGUAGUGGUCAUAGUCGUUGUCGUUGUUGUUAAAAGAAGAAACAAGAAAUACGGACAUGAUUUAGACAAUGAUGGAGGAUAUUGGAACAUGGACACGGGUCCUUGUAAAUACCAAAAUAACCAGUCAUUUGGAACACAUCCAAAUAUGUUGGCUCCAGCAAACGCAGAUGUCAGAAAUUGCAUUCAACCAAACCAGAAUGGCAGCUGGAUGAUUAGCUAUCGAUCAGACGACCAUGCUUCUAUUGAUGAUGGAGCUGUUGGUGCAGCCUCAGAAGCCAAGGCGGUAAAACCACAGAUAGCCACGGAAGCAAACCUUUCUGCCACGGGUGACUCUGACAGUUCACCAAGACAACCUGACGAAGAUGAUGUUUCCGACCUGUAUGCCAAGGUUAACAAAGACAGGACGUCAGCCACAUCCGUGACAGGGGACGCCUUGCCCGUGAUGCAGAUGAAUCAACUGUAUGCUUUGGUUGAUGAAACUGAAAAUGAUGAAACAAUCCCCGAGACUGAUGUUGGUGGUGAUGUUUACGCCGUUGUAAACAAACAGAAGAAAUCAGGAGAGAAAAGUUCUGAAUGUGUAGGGGAAGAUUCUAAAUCACUAGAGAAAAAAUGUAACUCUACAGGAAAAGAUACAACUGAACAUGAUGAAACAUCACAAGAUAUUGACGUUGCUGAUGAUGUUUACGCUGUGGUAGACAAACGGAAGAUGUCGGGAGGGAACGAUUCUGAAUCUGAAAAGAAAGAUGCUGAAUCUCAAUGGAAAGAUUCUGAAGUUGAAGGGGGAAAAUGCUGAAUCUAAAGGAAAAUAUGUUAAAUAUGAAGGGAAAGAUGCUGAAUCUAAAAAGGAAGAAUCUGAAUAUGAAGGAAAUGAUUCUGAAUCUGAAAGGAAAGAUUCUGAAAGUGAAGGGAAUGAUUGUGAAUCAGAAUUGAAAGAUGCUGAACCUAAAUGGAAAGAUUCUAAAUCCGAAGAAAACAAGUCUGAACAUGUACGAACAUGUUUCGACUUUGCAGUAAAUGAUGAUAUCUACACACAAGUUCGCAAACCGAGAAAAUCUGCCAAAAAUCCUAACCUACCCAUAGGAACGCCUGGACGUCUGUACACUGGGAAAGAUUUCAAAGAAAGCAGCGAGCAAAGUGAGGGAGCCGCGAUAGGUGAUGUUGAUAUGGAUCCUGUUGCAACAAUCGAGGGGGAUGAUCUCUAUUCAAAAGUUGUUUGAACAGUUAACUAUAUAAUACUAGUGGCGUUGAUGAUUGUACCUGCUGCUAUCCUAUUUCUGAUAAACCGGAUUUUAAAUAGAAACAUAAAAUAUCACUUUUCUGUCAAUAAUCCACGUGGUAUAAGCCAUCUGGAAGUAGCGGAUUGCAUGUCUUAUGUUUUGGACCAAGUAUGACAGUUACUAUAUUGAUACAUUUAAGCCAGAAGAUACUAUUUUUUUCCCCAACUGUAUUACAUUCACUGACAUGACUCUUGAGUGUCAUGUUAUCCUACUUCUCGUUUUACUAACGUACUAUCAAUAUUGUGUACACAUUUAUGUGGAAAACAGUCUUAUUUGCCUAAAUGCAUAAACUGUGGCAGCCAAAAGGCUUGUAUUCAUAUUCCACCUUCAGAAACACAGCCAGUGGAGAGAAUUGGUUCUCACUCUAAUAAGUCGAUAUGUUCGACUCUAGUUAUCGUCCAUUUAUUUUUUGGCCAGGAUGUCGGUAAACACAGUCAAGUCUUCACUUGACAUGGUUCAAAACGCCAAGUACAUACGUAAUAACACAUAACAAAUAGUAUUGUUUCUAAAUUACGUUUAUAUAUUAUCUACAGAAUUUAUGAAGCCUGUGGGAUUUUUAAAAGUUUUGUUAUACAUAGAAGAUUCUUUUUUUUCUAUUUUGUUUUAAGCCCAGUGGUAAAGCACUCGCUUGGUGCCCAGUCGGUCUAGGAUGGACUCUCGUUGUUGGGCCCAUUGGGCUAUUUCUCGUUCCAACCAAUGCACCACGACUGCUUUAUCAAACUCCGUGAUAUGCACUAUGCUGUCUGCAGGAUGAUACAUACAAAAGAUCCCUUGCUACUAGUGAAACCUGUUGGCGCUUUGCUCUCUAAGACUAUAAUGUCAGAAUUGCUAAAUAUUUGACAUCCAAUAACCGAUAAUUAAUACAUCAAUGUGUUCUAGUGGUGUCGUUAAACAUUAACUUUAACAUAGAAGCUUUUGGAUUUAACAUAUGACGUAAUUAUCACUACUGUAGCCGGGGUUUUUUAUAAUUGCAAUCAGACAUUACUUAGAUUUUAUUGUUUAGAUUAUCCAUACAUCGGUACAUCCGAAGUGAUUUUCGUCAUACUGUUGUCUUUAAUUCACAAAUAGCUACUUUCUUUCAUUUUUGUUUUAUAAAACGCACGUAUCUGUGAAAAUUAAGUUAUGGAAGCGAGCUCUUAUCUAUUGUUUUGUUAUUUCCUCGCUUUAACGUCAGAGCCUCUUGUUUCACUCCAUAUCAAUGUAUCUAUUAUAUCUAUGUAUCUUUGCCCAUAUCUAUGUAUCUAUUAUUUUAUUAUUUUUAUCACUUUUUAUAAAAUUUGAACGUGGCCACACUUAAAUACUAAAUGUUGGAUUGUUUCUGGAAAAGUACUGCAAAAGCUACAAGUUCUAUAAUCAACACAAUGAAUUAUAUUUAAGAAUUUGUUAGUCGCCAAGAUACUGUGUACAAUUCUUUACUGAAACCAUGCUAAACAUGUAUCUUGCAUGCUAAGGAGAGCGAGGGAGUGAACUGUUUUCGAUUCCUGUAUAUUAUAUAUAAGUGCCUCAUGUGCAUGUUUUAACUGUGUUUUUGAAACUGUUAUUCGAGUAUUUUGUAUAUCGAACAUACAUUUGCAGCCACGUUUAUCUUUAAACAACAUGCUUAGGUUAAAUGGAAAGAUGGAUUUUAUUACUAACGUAAACAUGCCAUCAUUUAAGUUGUUUAAGUUAUGUAUAAAGGAUUUAGAAGCAUUUAUGAAUGAAUCAUAUGGCCAAAACAAAUGGUGGUUAUGUGGUAUUUUGCUAUGAACCCUAUAUUGUUAAUUCAUUUUAUCACAUAUAAAACUGAUACACGCCUUAAGAUAUUUUAAUAUAUAUAUAUAUAUAUUUUAAUCUUUACAUAUUUUACUGUAACUUGUUCAUUUCUAUUAUUUUUUAUUCAUAGUUUAAUUCUAUAAUUCUUUAUAAAUUUAGUGAAAAGUUGACACCCAAUAAAGUAAGCUUUAACAUGUUUAUAGAUUAACCAAACUUAAUCUUCAUUUUCAUGUAUUCCAAUAAGGGAAUACGAUUUGUAACUAUUUCUCCUAAUAGAUGGGUUAGUUAGGUUUAAGGUUGUAAACCUUUAUUAAUAUAUAAAUAAUAUA